UGUGAACUGAGUGAACUGUGACAACUUUUGAUAUGCCACCGCUCAUGAGCAAGCUACUGGCCACUGGUCAGAACGGUCGCUACCAUAAGCUAUAGCUUCUUUUAAUUUGCUUUAUUCUGCCAACCAAAAUUAAAUUCGGUAAACAUAAGCAGCAUAUCGUUAACCGUCAUCGAACUAUCAAACUAAACAUCCAGAGUAUAAAGUGAAGCAACUUUUGGUUGAACAGCUCCAUUCUAAAACACACGUUUGUUGCAUGAUUACCGCGAUGCAAGGAUAUUGACGUACUCGACAUACUCUAAAAGAAGCUCCUGCUUUCAGAUAAUCCUGUCCACACAAUCAACCUGACAAACACGCUGUAUACGUAAUACUCUAUUCAUGGCUCAUUCAUCAAUAAAGGCGUUUCCAAACCAACAAUAUUUAUACUGCAUUACCCAGCUGCAACACAGUAGCCAAUAGCAUGAGUGGACUGUGCAAGCCCUGCCAUUCUACUUGCGACAGUUGCGAUGGACCAACAGAAAAGGCCUGCCUCUCGUGCGCCAGCCCUUUGAUCCUGCAGGGCACCAAAUGCGUGGGGAAGUGUGAUAAAGGAUACUACAGCGGCAGGGAGAGUCAACUGUGCGAACCAUGCUUGCACACGUGCUCUAGGUGUCUAUCAAAGACGAAUUGUACCGAGUCGACAAAGGAGCCUGUCAGCGGUGCUACAUGA